GGGAAUCAUUAUUAUAAUAUCACUUGAAAGUUUGUCAGAUUUUGUGGUUGUUUGUAAAAUUUAUAUGCAUGCUAUUAAUUACUUGACUAAUUUAGAAAAAGAUAUUAAUUUUAAUUUAUUAAAAUUUGUAUUAAUUCUUAAAAACUACUUUUAUAAAAUGAUUGCUAGAAGUUUCUAACGCAGCUUACUUUAUUAGUUAAAACAAAAGCCCAUAAAUUCAUUUGCUAGCUUAGGUGUCUUCAACAAAUAUAAAUUCUCCACAAGUUAAUAAGAUGGAAAGAAAUAGGAGUUGGAAGAAAAAAGCCGCUACAUUAUGAAUGAAUUAAAAGAUAAGGAUAAUUAAGGAACUGGAUCUAUGAGAUUCAGCAGAGAGAAGAAUUUUCAAAGCUAUGUAAUUUAUGAGCAUCACAUGGAUUAAAAGGAAAUUCGACUUAAGAUAAGACUGAGAUUGUUAUCUUCUUCAAUCUGGUUUGGCGCUGGUGUGCUAGUAUUCCAUUAUGUGCAUCCUUUAGCUGCAUUUAUUCCUUUAAUUAUUAUGUCUAGGUCAAUUAUGUCUUACAAAAUGGGAAGCAAUUACACCAAGAAGUUAAUUAAUAAAGUGCAGUUAAGUGAAGAUAAAGCAUCUGUCAAGCUAUAUGCCUUAAGCGGAGACAUUUACGAAUGUGCAAUUGAAGAAAUGGAUUUUUAAGGCAUCAAUGAUUUAUCUGAUGCCAAAUCAAAUGACCAAACAUUAAAGGAAGAUUAAAAUAGCGAGCUUUCAAAAUUGAAGCAAAGUUCUUUUUUGGCUAUGUUCGAUACCACCGAUAAAUAAGGCAAUUACCUAAAAGAUCUUAAAAUACUCUUCAACGACUAGCUUGUUAAUAUGGAAAAUGCAGAAUUGCUAACUAAAAUUUUAAGAGGUGAUAAAGAUGCAGUUUUAUCCUUCCAAUACGUCAACGAAUAUGAUAACUCUUCUGAUGAAAUUUCAGAUGAGAAAUUAGAAGAAUAAUUAUAAGAAGAAAUUAGAAAAAGAAAGAAGUGAUUUAAAAAAAUGUUUUAUCAAUGAUUUAAUUAUACAAGUUUAGCUUAGACUAUAUUUAUUUAUAUUAGUAUGUAGUUAACUAACUUCUUUAUUCA